AGAAGAAUAAGCACUUCUUCCCCCACCAUGGACAGUGUGGCGGGUGUGGUGUACGCAGCGCUGGAGCUGCUGAUCGCCGUGGUGUGUUGCCUGGGCAACCUGCUGGCCAUCUGGGCGGUGCGGGCCAGUGGCUCCCUGCGGAAGCCCACCUUCUGCUUCAUGGCAUCGCUGGCGGUGGCGGACUUCCUGGUGGGCGCUGUGGCGAUCCCCGUGACCGUGCUGGUGGAGCACGGGGUCAGCACCUCCUUCGACAGCUGCCUGUUCCUCAGCUGCGUGGAGUUGCUGCUGGUGCAGGCCUCCAUCCUCAUGCUGCUGGUCAUCGCGGUGGAUCGCCACCUGCGCGUGCAGAUGCCCCUCAGGUACAAGCACAGCUUCACGCAGAGGCGCUGCUGGGCCGUGGUCGGAGCGUGCUGGCUGCUCGCCAUUGCGUUCAGUUUCACGCCCAUGUUCGGCUGGUACAACCGCCAGACCCUGGCCAAGAUGGUGAUGGAGAACUCCACCACCAUCGUCUGCAGUUACUUGGACGUCAUCCCCUUGACUUACCUGAUCUACUUCCAGUUCUUUGGGUGCACGCUGCUUUCCCUGCUGGUGAUGUGUGCCCUCUACGCACAUCUCUUCCACUCCAUCUCCAAGCGGCUGCAGAGGAGCCAGGCCCGGGCCACUGAAUCCCACGCGUACUACGCCAAAGAGCGGAAGCUGGCCAAGUCCCUGCUGCUGGUCGUGGUCCUCUUCGCCAUCGGCUUGUUGCCGCUGAGCCUCAUGUACUGCGUUGAGUUCUCUGGAGGCGACGUCUCUCAGGACGUCUUCUAUGUCGGGAUCCUCCUCAUGCACGCCAACUCCGCCGUCAAUCCGGUCGUGUACGCCUUCAAGGUGCCGAAGAUCCGCAGUGCGUACCUGCGGGCCUGGAGGAAGUGCGCCCUCUGCUGGCGGCAGGGGGUGUCACAGAGCCCCGACAGCAUGGACUUCAGGACCAGAAGCAAUUCAUCGAAGACCUGACCAAGGAACGAGAUUAUUCUGAAAGUAGUCGACACACAGUCUAACUGUGUGCCCAUAUUACCAUCAAUAAGCCAUUCUGCUUACUGUUAAUCAGCACCAUUUUAAAACAUCGGGUGGGAUUCAAUCGACAUUUGUCCUUAACUUUGACUAACAAAAUCAAGAAUUAUCAUCAAUAAUUGAUACAAACGUGAAUGUUUGUGACUGAGUGAGUGACUGAGUGAGUGAUGAAGUUACACCAUUGGUCAGCCAAGUUAUGAUGUCACACCAUUGGUCGGCCGGUCCAUCUAUUUUGACCUGGUCUUGUUUUUCUUUACAAGAAUACUUUGUCGAGUUCAGGAAUCUCAGAAAUCUCUUACUUGCCAAACUAUAUUUGCAAAGAAAAUUUCCAACAUUUGCAAUUCCUUGUGAGUCAAAGUUAAAUUGAUUGUUGAUUGAAUCUUAUAUUUUUGUCAUUUUUAAUUUUACAAUUUUAUAAUGUGUAUGAGAAGCUUUCUUCAGAUGCAUGUUUUUUUUCUUUUA